AUGGACGACUUGAUGCAAAAGAAUCGCCAGCACCAGAGUGACACACUGACGCCGGCCGACAUUCCCUCCUUCAACAUGUUCAAAAAAGACAUUACCCCCUCGCCCAAGCAGAAGCUCAAGUCUUCGGUGCAGCGAUCCCUCCGCCAGUCGCUGCUGACAACGUAUCCCCUGCUCACGCCGCACAUUGACGAGAUCCUCCCCAAAAAGGCUUCCCUGGCGAGCAUGAAGCUGCCCGACCGGAAUACGCUGUACGUCCUCGACUCGGAGCCCCUGUUCUACCAGCAUGACUCGGCCACCAUCAUCCCGCACUUGAAGCUCGUCCACCGCUUCCCGCAGGGCUUCCCGACGAUCCGCAUCGACAGGGGCGCCAUUCGAUUUGUGCUCUCGGGCGCAACCCUCAUGGCGCCCGGCCUGACCUCCAAGGGAGGCAGGCUACCCGCCGAGGGGGCCGCCGAGAAGCUCGAGGAGGGCAGGGAGAUGGACCAGCGCGUCGACCACGAAGGCCGCUGGAGCAGGGAGCUGCACAAGGGCGAGCCCGUCGUCAUCAUGGCCGAGGGCAAGGAGGAGGCUUGUGCCGUGGGGACGCUGUCCUGCGGAACAGAGGACGUCAAGGCAAAGGGGAAGGGGCCCGUCGUGGAAGACGCCCAUUUCCUCGGCGAUGGGCUGUGGAACUUGGCCACCGACUGA